AAAAUACCCAUCUUAAUAACUAAAAGGAUACUGGUCGCUGGUCAGAGCACACACACUCAACAAGGACCCCCCUGGAGCUAGUCUUCUCCAUCUCCCUCCUCACCCUUACCCCGAGUUAAUCCAACCUCACACCUUUUCUCUCUUUUUUACCCCUUCGGUAUCCUCUCCGCUAUUCGCGAGUCCUAAAUUCAAUCUAUCCACACCGCUCGACAUUCGUCGCCCGUCGCCCAUCAACCCGUCGUCUCAUCCCAAUUCUCCUGUGCUGUGCUCCUCGGUCUUUCUCUUCGACACAUAUCCAUCGCCGCCGUCAUGGAUUCGCAACGGCCGAAUGAUGUGUCGCCCGAGGCCAUGCAGGCGCGCAUCCAACAAGCGCGACGCGAGGCUGAGAAUUUGAAGGAUAGGAUCAAGCGAAAGAAGGAUGAGCUGGCCGACACUACUCUCCGCGCUGUUGCGCAGCAAUCUCACGAGUCCAUUCCCCGAAAUCAGUUAAUGAAGACGAAGCGAACGCUGAAGGGACAUCUCGCCAAAAUCUAUGCUAUGCACUGGUCGACUGAUAGAAGACAUUUGGUAUCCGCCUCGCAGGAUGGAAAGCUGAUUAUUUGGGAUGCAUACACGACGAACAAGGUCCACGCCAUUCCGCUACGGUCAUCAUGGGUUAUGACCUGCGCUUACGCACCAAGCGGUAAUUAUGUUGCCUGUGGUGGUCUCGACAACAUCUGCUCCAUUUACAACCUCAACCAAAACCGAGACGGUCCAACACGCGUCGCUCGUGAGCUCUCCGGUCACGCCGGCUACCUGUCUUGCUGUCGAUUCAUCAACGACCGGAGUAUCCUUACCUCAUCCGGUGACAUGACCUGCAUGAAAUGGGAUAUUGAGACUGGAACUAAGGUCAUGGAAUUCGCUGACCAUCUAGGCGACGUCAUGAGUAUCAGCCUAAAUCCUACGAAUCAAAAUACCUUUAUAUCUGGUGCCUGCGACGCCUUCGCGAAGUUAUGGGAUAUCCGUGCCGGUAAGGCUGUGCAGACGUUUGCUGGCCAUGAAUCCGAUAUCAAUGCCAUUCAAUUCUUCCCGGAUGGGCAUUCAUUUGUUACUGGUUCCGAUGAUGCAACAUGUAGGCUGUUUGAUAUCCGAGCAGACAGGGAGCUCAACCUCUACGGCUCUGAAUCUAUUCUAUGCGGCAUCACGUCCGUCGCUACUUCUGUUUCCGGUCGUUUACUAUUUGCCGGUUACGACGAUUUCGAGUGCAAGGUAUGGGAUGUUACAAGAGGAGAGAAGGUUGGAUCUUUGGUGGGCCAUGAGAACCGUGUCAGCUGUUUGGGCGUUAGCAACGAUGGCAUCAGCUUGUGCACAGGUUCUUGGGACUCGGUGCUCAAAAUCUGGGCGUACUAAGACUGAUGAAGCCCGCGACAAUGCGCCGUCGAGAUCGUUGCAUGAAACGUCGUCAUGCUUUCUCAUCGAAUGAAUAUUUCGAACUAAUUUCAACCUGAUGCCCAUCUCUUGAGUAGUUGAGAUUUAGUGUGAUCAGGACGAAGUCACGACAGCCUUUCUCGGCACCUAUUUUCCUUACUGGCCUACGUUAUACUCGAUUCCCCUCGACGACUCUUUGCUGCCGCCGACCGAGGAGCCAGAGGACUGUAUAGUUUUUUUCCCCCGGUCUUGCCGCCUUGAUACCUCCAUAAUUGUCAUGUUUAUCUCUGUCUUCGACCUGUCGACUAUU